AUGGCCCAAACAGAUAUCCCAAGCUCCACGCCCCCUCCGGGGACUACCAAUUUCCUUCGCAGACUACUCUUCGGCUACGGCAACAACACAACUGCGACCUCGUCAGAUCCGAAGAAGUCCGAAGAUGAUGCUCCCCAGAGGACUGGUUUAAUUCGGCGGGUGUCGAGGAAAGUCGUACCGGGCCUACCGAGAAUGCAAACAUUCAAGAGGCAACAGUCCGAAAAACGGACCAAUCUCGCACCUGUGCAACCCACGCCUGCAGAACGAAGGGCUCUCUCUGUCGAUAGGCGCGCCGUGCUCUCGCGCACAACAUCUAGAAUAUCUAGAACAGCCACCGAAACACUUCCACGGUCGAGCGCCCCAGACUUCCUGGAACCACCGCGCUGCUCUCAAGACUUCUCGACCUCCGAAGUAGUCAAUCCACAUGACUCGGGGUGGCAGAGCGAUAGUGCUGAGGAGUUCUGCCGCCUUGAUGUUGAAAGUCAAACCGAUCCGAAUAUCGAUCUGGAUCCUAAUCCGGAGUUCGAAGAGAAUGAUGAAAAAUCCCAAGACCCCUGGGCUCACGAAACAGAAUCGAUUACCGCCUCUCAGAUCCAAGAGGAGCUCGAGACUACUUGGAUAUUGAACCUUAGUAUGCAUUUCAGGGACAAGUCGAACCGCGAAAAGUUCUUUGUGACCUACCGCGAGCAAUGCGAGACUGAAGUUGUUUGGCGACGCGUUACAAUAUCCUUGGACUACAGGAAAGCUCCCGAAGACUCUCUUGAGAUGGAGCUGACGAAGACCAAGUUCCAACGCGACAAGAGUGCCAAAAUCUACGAAGCAAUUCGAGACAGUCUCAGCGCUAUUCGCUUCUACGAUACCGUCACGAACUUGAAGCUCCAGACCACGGAUGGCAGGUUACACGUGCAUGUCGCCGAGGAUCUCAAUGAGAUCAUCUCAUAUCCGCCUGUGCGCGAGGUUCAGCACCUCCGCUGCCGUCGGAUCCGCGAACGAGACAUCGCUUUCGACUCACACAUGUCGGGCUUUGUCUACAAGGUCCACGUAGGUGGACAAGUACUUAUUAAAAAGGAAAUUCCGGGACCCGAUACGAUCAACGAAUUUAUCUACGAGAUUAACGCACUGUACUCACUGCAGUACUCGAGCAGCGUUAUCACCUUCUUUGGCGUCGUGGUGGAUAACAAGGAUGAGCAUGUGAAAGGUCUGCUGAUUAGCUACGCCGAACGCGGCUCUCUGAUGGACAUUCUCUACGACCAUCGACCCAAUAACGAACAAGGGCUCCCGAGAUUGCCCUUCACAACCCGAGCGACGUGGGCGAAGCAAGUAGUCCAGGGGCUCGCUGAUAUUCACGAAUCUGGUUUUGUUCAGGGAGACUUUACCCUCUCAAACAUUGUCAUUGACAGCGGGGGAAAUGCCAAGAUUAUCGACAUUAACAGGCGCGGCUGUCCGGUUGGAUGGGAGCCUCCCGAGGCUAGACCGCUUCUGAAGAGCAGUCAGGGGAUCUCGAUGUAUAUCGGUGUCAAGUCGGAUCUGUACCAACUUGGCAUGGUGCUAUGGGCUCUUGCCAUGGAGGACGAUGAACCUGAAAAGUACGGUCCCAGGCUGGCCCUUGAACCGGACGUGGAUGUUCCUUCAUGGUACCGAAGGCUCGUCGAGAUCUGCCUUAGCGACGAACCUCGGAUGAGACUCCAGGCUGCAUCUCUUCUCUGUCUAUUUCCUUCAGGACUGUCUAGCGGGAGUGUGCGACAUAUGGCACGAUCACCCUCUCAGUACGGUAGUCAUCUUCGAAACGGGUAUCCUUCGGAGGGAGCGCGCACAAACGGAAUUCCCGAGAUCCGGGCGGUAUCCCCGUCGGACCGGUGGACUUACACGAGCUUCAUGCACCCCGACGACGCAAGUUUUGCCGGCUACGAUGCGCCCUAUGGCUACCCGCCUCGCGGACGAUCGCCACCAAGCCCGCUGCCGAGUAACUUCGGGCAGUACGACAUGCACAGGGCUCAUGGCGGUGACUCUCGCUCGCGCAGUCGAUCGGCAAACGUCGCGUCAUACAGCGAUGAUGCCGGGUGGGAUGCGAAUGCCGAGGACGCCCAGUCAAUAGACUUGGCUCGUAAAGAGGAUGAAAUGAGCAAACUAUCAGACGCGUGUGCAGAAUCUUUAGUGGCGCGCGACAUGGAUGAAUAUGCAGGCAGCGAAAGGGGCGGAGAAGUGGAAAAGGAAGAAAGGGAGAAGGAGGCAACUAGCCCACGGGUGGUGGAUACUGGGGAUGCCGACGAUGAUGGAUCAACUCCCCAGCAGAAAUUUAUCGUGCUUGAAGCUCGGAACAAAGAUGAUGCAGCUGAUGCAACCAUCGAUGUGCAAGAAACGACCAAUACGGAUCCUGCCAACGCGGUAAAUCGGGACGUUGAGGCAGGACCAACCGAACAUGUCGACGAUAUGGAAGGUGGGCAAAUCCUCGCCAACGGGCUGGGGAUCUUGUCGGUGGCGGGGAUCACAGAACCCAAGGGACAGAUUGACAGCGGAACGAAGGAGAUGACGACGGCCUCAGAAUCCGACAUGCACGAGAAGUCUGGUGAAUCAGCGGGUCUAACAGAACCGGGAGAGCCACCCAAGGUUCAUGGGAGAGAAGCGGCGGCGGUCAUCUCAGCAGAUGAUGAUGAGAGCGGCGUGAGAAACGGCGUCAAUACCGAUACCGAUACUCUGGCCGCAAAAGCUCCGACGCAACAUUCGUCCCAUGACAAGGAGGUAUCUCAGCGCAGCAUUCAGAUCCAGACUCUCCCGUGCAGGAGCUCGGAGGAAGAAGUACUCUUAAUCCUUGAAGGCGUUGGCGCAGACCGGCAUGCCGUACGCGACAUGUCUGGGUUCCCAACGUCGCUGGACGACCGUGACCUAGUAUUUACGCCUCCCGGUAUGUCGACGACAAUGCAAGGCCUGGAAGAGAUUCCAGUCUCAGCUGUCGUGGACGUCAAGGACGGCUAA